GUAGGUAACUACUACUAUAGUGCAUAUUAUGAGCAAGCUUGUAUUACAGCAGUGUAGGAAGUAGGCCAAAGCUGCUAGCUGUCAAGCCGGUCGAUGAAUCCAAACUGCAUCGAGUGACUCGCUCUUCAAUUAUAUCUCUGUCACGCACCUGCAUUAUCAUUUCUACGCCGUAAAACGGCCUUGUGGACUUACAAACGCGGUUUCUACGGAGUGGGCCGGGAUGUCGCUCAACACAUUGCGGGCAUCCCAUCGGCGAAUAGCUAGCGCCGUGCGUGGACCACCACCACUGGUUAGUCGAGGAGUAGCAACAGCUUCAUGGGCGGAGAAGUUAUUGUCUUUGCUGCUCAUCGCAGCUUCGUUGGCGCUGGGUGUGGCAGUGGUGGGAGCGCUUAUGAGGCCAUACAUACCAGCGAUGAAUGUUGCUCUCCAGCCGAAGCUUGGCUCAGGUGCUGUGGCCUCAACAAGUGCCGCGGCUGGCACGGCGGUGUCUGCUGCAGCAACGCCUGCGGGUGCCGCGCCAGCAACCACAGCUAGCACUGGCGGCGCAGCGCAGGGCGCUAUUUCCGCGACACCAGCAGCAGCGCUCAACGCCGGCACGGCAGCCACCACCAGCGGCGCAGCCACUGCCGCCGCUAUUAAGACGGCCGCUGUCACGACGGUGGCAUCGCCGUCACCAUCACCAUCACCCUCACCCGCGGCCGCGGCCGCAGCUGCCGCCACCACCGGCAGUGUGAUAGGCUACACGGAGCCCACCGCUGCCGAGCUGGGCCGGAUGCGCAAGGCGGCCAAGGUGCUGGACCCGGAGCUGAUGGAGCCGGUGCCGGAGACCUUCGAGCAGGGCGUCAAGAACCCGUGCUGGGCGGCGCCGGACGGAAGCUACAGGUGCCUGCCCUACUUCUACGUGACGGGCAUGUUCCACGCGGGGGCGCUGUCCAUGGAGAUGAAACUCAAGCAGCACCCGGACGUGCUCACGGACGCCUGCACCGGCUGCCAGUUCUGGGGUGAGGAGGGCAAGAAGAUGUCUUUCUACCUGGACCACAUGAAGCACGCCGCGCAGAUCAUCAAGGCGGAGCCGCAGACCAAGGUGCUGAUGGACAGCUCACCAUCCACCUUCGCCUUCUACUGGGCGGCGGCCGGCAAGGCACACAAGGGCUACGCGGCUGCCAUGCAGCCGUGCUACAAGGAGUGUCUGGACAGGCACUAUAAGGAGAAGAUCACGUUGGCCUCCUGUAUGGACGCGGUGUGCUACAACGCCAGCCUCGUGGGCGACAAGCAGCGCGCCAAGGAGGCUGGCAUCGACUGGGACAGCGAGGCGCACAACCCGCUGCUGGUGCGGGCGGUGUACGGCGCGCGGCCGCCCAAGAUGAUCCUGCUGGCGCGCGACCCCAUCCGCCGCCUCUACUCGGCGUUCAUGGGCUACCCGCACUACUACGGCAAAUACGGCCGCAACAGCACGGGCUUCACGGAGUACGUGCGGGAGCAGGUGGGCGCCUUCCAGAACUGCACCCGCAAGUACGGCUCCAGGCUGUGCGCGCUCAUGUUCGAGGGACUGUCGGCGGAGCAGGAGAAGGUGUACUUCCACGCGGACCAGAUCUUCCGCGGCAUGUACGGCCUGUUCCUGGAGAUCUGGUACCGCUUCAUCCCGCCGCAGCACUGGCUGGUCAUCAAGUCCGAAGACUUCUUCACACAGCCCAAGCCCACGCUGGCCAAGGUGGUGCAGUUCCUAGGCCUGUCGCCGGCCAACAACACCCUUCUCGACAAGAUGGUUGCCGCUGGCAAUGUCAACACCUACACGACUGACAAGGGCCCCAUUGAGCCCGAGGCGCGGCGCCUGCUAGCUGACUUAUACCGGCCCUACAACAGCCUGCUUGCCAAGAUCACAGGGGAGCCGCGAUUUGAGGAGUGGAACAAUCAGACGUAGGGCGGACAGGGGGCAGGGAAUGGGUGGCGUGGGAAGCGAGCAGUAGAGAUUACUAGAACUAAACCGGGCAGUGAGGAGCAGGGUUCGGGAAGGGUGUGAGAUGCACGUGCGGGAUGGCACCCCUGCGGGAUGGUGCUUGGCUACUGGCGACUGAGGCGUGAGAUGGAGUGACGAAAGGAGGGCCUGCAGCGCGGCGGUGGCGUGGGGGUAGGUGGCACGGAUGGGCGCACCCCGGCCGCGCUUGGCAGCGGUAGUGGUGAGCGGUGUGAGCGCGACAGUGCGUUUGUUUGAGGCUGCUGGGGGUGUGGAAGUGAUGGCUGUGACUGUCUGUGACUGGUAGAGAAGCAACCCGUGACUGUGGUGGAACGGCUAGUCGAGAGCUUGGAAGUGAGCUUGGGGAGGGUGGUGGUGGCACCAGAAGCAAUGACGCAGGAUGAGUGACCAGGACAUGCAUGGUAGCAACUUCCAUAUGCACUGAAUGACUGAACAAACGGCCAAAACUCCGGCGGCGGCGCAGAGGCUACCCAAC